AUGAGUUCGGACAGCUCCAGCGCCUAUGUAAACGUGGCAGCACCAGGUGCCACAGCAUCGUUCCCAGAUGAGUCAACUCUGACGGAAAAGGAUAUUGGACAACCGAUCCAGAAGAUUUCGAAGAAGAAGAUAGUGGAGAACAAAUCAGGACCAAUCUCGCCGUCAUCCCCUGCGACGCCCCUCGAGUGCUGUUUGUGUGGGUAUCCGGGGUGUAAAGGACGGGAGGCCUACGAGAACUUGGUGAACAAGCCUCUGGAUGUUCCAGCGAUUUCGCUGCCUGUGGACUCGGAAAGGUGGGUCCCAGAUUAUAAUUGA